AUGGCACGAGGGCCCGGAAAGGCCCGCGACUUCGACUACUCCAAUGUGGGAACUAAGGGAAGGCGCACUGGUAUAUCUCUGAAAGAAGGUCGACGCGAUGAACAUGGAAUGGAGGAAGUAGACGGUCUCUUUUCAUCUCCUGAGAAAUCGCCUGUGGAGUUGAAUGACUUUGAAGAAGACGUGGAAAAUGAAUCUUCAGUUGGAUCCGAGGGCAUGUCAAUGGAUGAAGGCAAUGCGCCAGAUCCCAUGGACUUCCUCAAAGGCACAAAUGGGUCACGCACCUCUUUUCUCCCCCCGCCUGCUGCGCGGUCACCGAUGAAGACUGGCCUCACUGGGUCCCCGCGGAGGACUCCAGCGUUGCAAUCAACUCCAGACCCGCAGGAAGUCGAGUCAUCUAGUCCGUCCGACGGCAAAGGUUACGCGGGCGCACAGGCAGAAUCGCGUCAAGAUCCAUCUCCUCUUUCCACUCGCUCGGUGAACGUGGGACGCUCGAACCAGAAGAAUGGCACACGGCAAAAACCUACUACAAAAGCCCAACUAGCAGCAGAAUUUGAGCCCGCAGCCAUACAUGACUUUUCCGACUUUUCCGACGGCGACGAGAACGCCAAUGCAUUCACUGCAGUACAACAAAAUUUCGGCGACAGUCUAAAUAUCGAUUCAGAUUCAGUUGUUGCAGAGGAACUACCCGAUUCUCCCGGGCAAGACCAACAAGAUGAUCAUGGCGACCAUUCAUCUACGGCUGACACGACUCCGCCUCCUGAAGAACCCGCUGUGGCCUCCAAGUCAACAAAGAAGGCCGCAUCAAAGAUCGCCAAGUCUCAGCGCCGUAAUGUCGAAGAAGAUGUCGACCCCCGACCAACCAAAAAGCGGAACACCAAGACAUCUCCACCGGUGCGUGAACCUUUAGAACCGGAAUUGGAUCGAGUGGUGGAGAAUUACGCCAACCGCACAGGCCCUUUGAAAGGCCGAAGUUUGUAUAUCCUCAAGCGUGAGAAUCCUACCGACAACAGUGCGACUCACACUCGAUCUGGGCGGGUUUCGGUCCGACCACUAGCAUAUUGGCGCAAUGAACGGUGCGUCUUUGGUGAUGGGGAGGCAACUGAGGGGCAUCGAUACCCUCUUUCAACCAUUAAAGAGGUAAUUCGCACCGAGGAGCAAGAGCCUGAAAAGAAGAAGAAGAAGGGGAAACGCUCAACGUCUCACAAGUCUAAGUCCAAGAAACCAAAGGAUGACUCUUCAGACGAGGAUGAGGAUGUUGAUCUCUGGGAGAAGGAAGGCGGUGUUCUUCAUGGCUACACUCUUAAAUGGGACAGGAAAACACAGACCAGUUCGAAAGAGGAGGAAGUCCUAGAUAUUGCAUAUGCUCCCUCUGGAAUCGAAACCAGAGAAGUCAAAGACUCGACAUUCCGAUUUGCGAAGCUGCUCAGCUCGUCAUUCAUCGGGUCUGGAGUUGUGGAGCUCCCACCUGAUGGAGUCAAGAAACCUAAGAACUCGAAGAAAAUGCACAUGGUCUUUUAUGUCUGUCACGGGCGUGUUCAAGUGGAUAUCUCAGGUGUCCAGUUUAGUGCCGGAAAGGGUUGUGUUUUCCAAGUUCCUCGUGGUAACUAUUAUAGCUUUGCAAACACCCAUCAAAAAGAGGCUCGGCUUUUCUUCACCCAAGGCUGUGUCCCCGAUGAGAACGAGAAUGAAGACGACGCACCGCAGAUGUCUCAUGAUGUUGGCCCUGAGAGCGAAUUCGAAGCCGACACUCCUACCGCUCCUGUUCAUGUCCCUGCUAAGAAAGCCAAGGGUCGCCCCAAGGGCAAGCAGAAGAAGACAGGCAAAUGA